AUGUCCUCUCGAUCUAUAACUAUAGUCUCCUCUGGAAGGAGCACAGGGCUGGACUACAAUGGUUUGAGGAUGCACAGCACUCAGCUCUCCUCACAGCCCAAAUUCCCACUAGAAGAUGACAGGGAGUCCGGCAUCGGCUCCACUCUGGACCUGACCAGCAGCUUUGAGGGACACUGCCAACAUACCAAUCACCAGUCCAACAAACCUUCACUCAAGGAGGCAGACAGACUCCCUAAAGAGAAAGGUGCCUCUCAACAAACCUCAGUAGAAAGUCCGAACAGGAUUAAGCAGGUCAUUAUCAAUCUAUCCAAGAUCCCUCUCCUCUUCAUCCUCCUCUUCUUUUUUGUUUGCUCCUUGGACACUCUGAGCUCGGCCUUCCAAUUAGCAGGGGGUAAAGUAGCAGGGGACAUUUUCCAGGACAAUGCGGUGCUGUCUAACCCUGUGGCGGGGCUGGUGGUGGGGAUCUUGGUUACUGUGCUGGUUCAGAGCUCAUCCACCUCCACCUCCAUCGUCGUCAGUCUAGUGGCCUCUGGACUGUUAGAAGUGAGGUCAGCUGUCCCAGUCAUCAUGGGAUCCAAUAUUGGGACUUCAGUCACGAACACCAUCGUCGCCAUGAUGCAAGCCGCAGAGAGGACCGAGUUUCAACGUGCCUUUGCCGGGGCAACAAUCCACGACUGUUUCAACUGGCUGUCAGUCCUGGUUCUGUUGCCGCUGGAGGUGGUGAGCGGCCUCAUGACCCGGCUGUCGCACCUGCUUGUCACCAGCUUCAGUCUCCAACCUGGGGAAGAGGCACCUGAGCUGCUCAAGGUUAUCACUGAACCAGUCACACAGCUAUUCAUACAGCUCGACAAGUGCGUGAUCACGGGGCUCGCCAUGGGAAAUGAGGACAUGAGGAACAGGAGCCUGGUGAAAGAAUGGUGCCAGACUGACCUCGUUAUGGUAAUGGCUCAUCUUCACUGCUGUCUCCUGCCUAUGCAGACACAUUGUAUCACACACUGGCGCCAAAUAGAGCCUGCCAAUGGAAGUGUGAGCACUACUCCUGAAAACUGUAGCCCCAGCCAUGACCAUUUACAAAGAUGUACACAUUUGUUUGUGUCUACCCGGCUGUCAGACCUGACCGUGGGUCUGAUUCUCCUGGCAGGCUCCCUGGUCAUCCUCUGCACCUGUCUGCUGCUUAUGGUCAAGCUGCUGAACUCUCUUCUCAAAGGCCAAGUAGCAAAGGCCAUCCAGACAGUCAUCAACACAGACCUGCCAUAUCCAUUUGGGUGGCUGGCAGGAUACGUGGCCAUGUUUGUGGGUGCAGGGGUGACAUUUGUGGUCCAGAGUAGCUCUGUCUUCACUUCAGCAAUGACUCCACUGGUAGGUAUUGGUGUGAUCAGUCUGGAGCGGGCCUAUCCUCUCACCAUUGGUUCCAACAUCGGUACCACUGCCACAGCCCUGCUGGCAGCUCUAGCGAGUCCUGGGAACAAGCUGGCUGCUGCCAUACAAAUCGCUCUCUGUCACCUCUUCUUUAACGUCUUUGGCAUUCUGCUGUGGUAUCCUCUUCCCUUCACACGUCUGCCGAUAAGGAUGGCUCGUGUCCUGGGUGAGCGCACUGCCAAGUACCGCUGGUUUGCAGUUCUGUAUCUUCUCCUUUGCUUCUUGCUGCUGCCCUCGUUGGUGCUGGGUCUUUCGCUGGCUGGCUGGAGGGUGAUGGCCGGGGUCGGGGCUCCUUUCCUGGGUGUGAUCAUCUUUAUUGCCAUGAUAAAUUUAAUGCAGGCUCACAGCCCCCGUCACCUGCCCAACAAGCUCCAGACCUGGGAUUUCCUCCCUCAGUGGAUGCGCUCUCUCAAACCGCUUGACCGCCUGAUCACCAAGGCAACUGUGUGCUGCAGCUUUUCAUGUGAGGAAGGGCAGGGAGAGGUAGGAGAGGACAUGUCAGCACAGACGUCCUCCAUUGACACAAAGAUGGAGUCAGCCCAGAGAAAGGUAGAGCUGGCAUAUGAUAACCCAGUCCUUGAGUACCUGGAUGAGCGCAGACCAGGUGUUCGGGUAUUAAAGUUAAAAGGGUUAGAAAGGUGCAACAGCACUCCACUGUAG